UCCAUCAUCCGCAUGGCCAUGAACAUUGCACCCACGACGGGCGCCCGCAGACCGCUGAUCGCUGUGUGUCGCGAUGCAAAACCGCACAAAAGUUCGCCGCCGUGUGCUCGCCUGUGCACGGUGCAGAAAGCGAAAGCUCUCGUGUGACGGCAAGGUGCCUGCGUGCUCGAGAUGUGUUGACGCAGGUGUCGCCUGCGUUGGCUUCGACUCGUCGACGCAGCGUGAAGCACCCCGCAGCAUUGCGGACUUUUUGGAAAUGCACAUUGCCAAGCUUGAGGACCCAAGAAGCUCUCCUUUAAGACGGCUACCCCGGCUGAACGCCUCCUUUCCCUCGCCCGCUGCUUCGCAUGAUUCCGAUGGGCAUUGGGCUCCAGACGGAUGUACUUACACCGACAGUCUUGUGAACCAGGCCAUGGAAGAUGUCACUCCCUCGUUUCUUGGCAUCUCAAAGGCCACUCCAAUAUUACGAUGCGUGGUAAAGGGGACACAGAUCCCGUCUAGGAAGGGGCCUGUUGGAGCCACUGAUCUCAAUGAAAACCACCCGAGAUCCAUUAUCAACCCACAACCAGCUACAAGCGGCUUGGAUGUCAUUGAAAGCAAAACCGCCGUCCAGCUGUUCCACAACUUCCUUGACCGGGUCAUCACUCAAUAUCCUAUCUGUCAUCGGAACGAUGUAAUUUCUGCUUUCAAUUCUAUCUAUCACCCUGCAUCUCAGCCAGGCGCAGACUCUCCCCGUAAUAGAUAUAUCAUCAGCAUCAUCAUGGCUAUUUCCCUCUCUACAGCUGCCAGAACGAAACAACGGCGGGCUAACUCGAUAGCCUUUUCCCUAGUUCGACACGCGAUGCAAUACAUUCCUGUCGUUGCUACAAACGAUUUGGCUGGGCUCCAGGCCAUGCUUCUCUUGACGCAAUACACGUUCCUAAACCCAAGCAUGGCGAAUCUGUGGCUCCUAACCGGCCUUAUUAGUCAGGCGGUCAUCGACCUCGGCCUCCACCAAGAGUUACCGAACGAUGCCCAAGUCACCCCUUAUCAACGGGACAUGCGACGGCGCCUCUUUUGGUGCGCUUGGGAAAUGGAAGUCAGUGUUGGUUGUGCCUUUCUCCGUCCAAUCACGCUACCGACUAGAUCUAUCAAUGUUGCAUUUCCUGUCGAGGUCGACGAUAUGGCCGUCACUGAGGCGGGUAUAGAUCUCACAGGGCGAGUCUCUAAAUUCACCUCUAGACGGAUCUGGCAGUUCCGUCAGAUUGAGGCGGAAAUAGUCUCCGUUCUCCACCAACAGGAACCUUUCCCGAAAGACUGUAGCUCUCUGGAGCAGUGGAUGCAAAGAAUUGAGGCUUCGAUACUUGAAUGGCAUAGCGAGGUUCUCCGAGCUGGAGCCGCGAACUCUGAUCCAGGGUUCGCAUCGAGAUGGAAAGAAAUGUUACUCUACGCUAAUAUCGCAUACCCUUACAUCUUAGUGACUCUUUUCCGGCCAUCGCCGCGGAUACCCAACCCAACAAAGGAAAAUCUACUAAAAGCAUUUGUGGCGGCAGUUGAAGUCGCAGACGGAUACUGUGAGCAAUCCAAUGCCAGUUUUGGAAACAUUAAGUAUGUCUUUCACCCUUGCCAUCACUCUUUUUCCUCCGCCGUGGUCUUCCUCCAAGCGUUGGCACGCUGUAAAGCCGAGAUAUCGGACCUUUAUCCUUUCGAGCAAGUCCAAGAAUGGAUGGCAAUAUUUUCAAGAUUCUUUUCAACCAUUGCCGAACGAUGGCCGGCCGCAACUCGGUGCUUAGAGGAAUAUGAACGACUUCUUGCCCCAACGAAGAAAGAAUACCUGGAUUUCCUUGUUCAGAAAGCAAACAAUGUCCCGCCACAGACUGGGCCAUUCGGGGAUAUAGUUGGAGAACUGUAUAAUUACCCUACGAAUCUUGAUGAGGCUUUCAAUUUCUGGAAUGUUCUCAACCCCUCUACUACGGCGGAUACCACAGAAUCCCUCGGAGCGUAUGCAUAUGUACCCAACGAUUGGAACGCGGAAUUCAACUUUGGUAUGGAUUUAAUGCCGGAGACAUUGAAUUGAAAGAUUGUUUUGCUCUUUGGCGCAUACGCAGGGUAGAUGCGAUACGCACAUGUGUUAUAUGUCUAAAUCUGAUCAUACUUUGGGCAACGGAAGAAGGUGUCCGGCAAGCCUUUGGUGAGAAAUAAGCAUAGGGCAUAUGACCCACAGAUUUUACGGUUUCAAGGUUGACUUCAGUACCGUUGGCUAGUGGCUUUCAUUUGCUCCAUUAUUUUCAUUUCUCCAUGACAACUCCAACUUAGUUGCGCAGCUCGACGACUUAACUACUUCUAUCUAUUUAUAGUUUUC